UGAAGCUUCAAAGGAUAAUCAGUCCUUUUUACGCUAUACUGAUGUUAUGUUCUUGAUAGGAAAGAGUGGACUUUAUUGUAGGCAUUUUACGCGAAUGGACAGAUCAGAUACAUCCGGAUUUGUGAGUGGUGGAGUUAACUUGGUGAAAAGUUUUCAUGCUCUCUUCAUUUUGAUCUAUAGAUACCUUUAGACAUAAUCAGUUUACUAUAUUUUAGUACUUAGUACUUACCCAACCAACUUCACAAAAAUGUUAUACAAUAAACCAAAAAUCGAUCUCAAUAAUAACCUUGCAGCCUUUAGUUGUGAUGGAUUUAGUGACAAUGAUCAUAGUGAUGAUACCACUUUACGUUUGGAAUGUUUCGGUAAUUAUGCUGGAAGCAAAGCAAUAUCUAGAAAACAGAACAGUAAAACUUCACCCAAUGGUUCUGGGUUGGUCCUCGGGUUAGGGCCUACACCAAGUAAUUAUUCAAGUGAAGUCGAAUCACUUUUAAAACUUGGUCUUUCUAGUUAUUCUAGUAGUAGUUUGAAAAGUGAUAUUAAUUUGUAUUUUAACCAUCAAAGUGUAUCUAUUGAAGUUAAUAAUAGAUUUGGGAUUUCUGUUCUUGAUGAGGGAUCUACCUCGGCAAAAAAGUCAGGUGGCUAUAUGCCAUCCCUUCUGUUUGCUCCAAGAAUUAGUACUACUACACUGCAAAAACGGAAAGUUUCUGAGCCCGAACCAUCAGUGGCCUCGGAUUAUAGUACAGGAUCAACAUCAGAUAACAAAACAAGCAGCAAGAAAUGUAAGUUUUCAGGGUGUGGGAAAGGGGCAAGAGGAGCAACAGGUCUUUGUAUUAGCCAUGGUGGUGGUCAAAGAUGUCAGAAACCAGGAUGUAACAAUGGAGGAGACAGCCAAACGAGCUAUUGCAAGUCUCACGGUGGAGGGAGAAGAUGUGAUCAUUUUGGGUGUGUGAAAAGUGCAGAAGGUCAGACCGUAUUUUGCAUUGCACAUGGCGGUGGGACACGGUGUAGCCAUUCACAAGGAUGCAGUAAAUCAGCUAGAGGUAAGUCGGGUUUAUGCAUAAAACAUGGUGGUGGAAAGAGGUGUUUGAUGGACAGCUGCACCAGAAGUGCUGAAGGAAAAAAAGGUUUGUGCAUAUCUCAUGGUGGAGGUAGGAGAUGUCGGUUUCAUGGAUGUAAAAAUGGAGCUCAAGGAAGUACUAUGUUCUGUAAAUCCCAUGGUGGCGGUAAACGUUGUGUGUUUAGUGGUUGUACUAAAGGCGCAGAAGGUACUACUCCUCUUUGUAAAGCACAUGGUGGCGGAAAAAGGUGUCUAUAUGAAGGAGGAGGGAUUUGCCCAAAAAGUGUACAUGGAGGAACUAAUUUUUGUGUGGCUCAUGGCGGUGGAAAAAGAUGUGGAGUGCCGGGCUGUACUAAAAGUGCCCGUGGCAGGACUAAUUGUUGUGUGAAACAUGGUGGAGGGAAGCGGUGCAAACACGAGAAAUGUACUAAAAGCGCCCAAGGUAGCACGGAUUUCUGUAAGGCACACGGAGGUGGGAGGCGUUGUAUUUGGGGCGGAGAUGGUAAAUGUGAGAAACUUGCUAGGGGAAAAGGCGGUUUCUGCACAGCCCAUGAUAGCAUCGGCAAAAAAACUGAAGUAAGAAACAACAGUUUUCAUGGUAUCGCGCCUCACCUUUUCCAUGGGCUCGUUUCUUGUUCGCUAGACAAUGAAUCGUUGUCGGGUGUCAGUAUGGUCUCCAACACUACUACCAACUGGUUAGACAAUGACAACCCAUAUAAAAAACGACAACUUAUUCCGCCACAGGUACUAGUUCCUUCAUCAAUGAAAUCAUCAUCGUCUUCAUCAUUCAGCAAAAGAUCGAGCUCAAAGAGCAACGAGCUUGUGGUUCCAGAGGGACGGGUCCAUGGCGGAGGUCUACUUUCAUUACUCGGCGGAAACUUACAGAAUGCUGUUAUUGAUGGGAUGAUCUAAUGACCAAAGUUUUCUAUUUUCCAUUGUAGCAAAGAGCAAAUAAUCAAAGAUGUUAUUUAGUCAUAUUUGUUUAUAAUGUUUUGUCCCACAUUACAAGAAGAGGAAACUAGUUUCUGGUUUAUAGCAAUUUUAUUUUGUC